AUGCAUGCCCGGACUGACCUCACGACUGGACAACUGUUGAAAGAGUCUGAUAAAGAAUCUGGACAUCAUAAGACCAUUUCAUCAUUGUCAAAAUCCUCAGAUUGGUCACAUUUCAUUACUGGCUCCUUGGAUAAAUCUUCUAAGCUAUGGGAUACAAGAACGCUAACACUGAUCAAGACGUAUGUCACAGAGAGACCUGUUAAUGCUGUUGACAUCUCUCCUACUCAUGAUACAGUAGUUCUAGGAGGUGGUCAGGAUGCAAUGAAUGUGACUAUGACAGACCGCCGUGCUGGUAAAUUUGAGGCUAAAUUCUAUCACAAGAUUUUGCAAGAGGAAAUUGGUGGUGUUAAAGGACAUUUUGGGCCAAUUAAUGCUUUAGCAUUUAAUCCUGAUGGGCGAAGCUUUUCGAGUGGUGGUGAAGAUGGAUAUGUAAGGCUGCAUCAUUUUGAUUCCGACUACUUCAACAUCAAGAUGUUGUUUGAGACUCAACUGGUACAGUUUCUUGGUUCAGAUGUUGCUGGUUGA